UUCCUUCUUGCUUUAUUGUGAUCAGGGGGUCUUGCAAUGACCCUAAUACUGUUAUAAAGCACGGUGCUUUAAAACAGUAAAGCUUCUGGAAAACCCAAACAAAAGACACGUCACCCGGUGACGUCAGCCUAUAUACAGUUCUGUGUGGUCGCAGCACAUAAGCAAAUCCAUUCUUGUGCUGUUUCUUGGAAAAGCUUUUCAGUAAAUGCACUCAUGCUGCUCUAGGAGCUCUUCUCUGCAACAAGCUGCCCAUCUGCCAUCAACAAGUUAAGAACUAACGGCUGCAAGAAAGGAGAGGUUAAAGCUCUGACUAACCAGCUAAGCAGUUAAAGAAGGACAAAAUUAGUAACUUGUAUUCAAAACUGAAUUAGGGGAUCAAAGUGAUCACAGAAGAUGAAACCAAUGCUUUCGAGGGGAAUAUCCUAAGGAGAGGAGAAAAAACUCACCCUAGUGGAUUCAUUUUACACAGAAAUCCUGGGACACGGAAAACAGGAAACUGGUCAAAGGCUCCUGCAUGUUAGAGCCUUUUACAGACUCACUGCGUUGAGUCUAACAACCGCGACUGAAUGCAGCCUCCAAUGUGCUCAGAAGAAUGGGCUUACAUUUCAAGUGGCCAUUAGGGGCCCCUAUGCUGGCAGCAAUAUAUGCAAUGAGUAUGAUUUUUAAAAUGCUGCCUGCCCUGGGUAUGGCGUGUCCACCCAAAUGCCGCUGUGAGAAGCUGCUCUUCUACUGCGACUCUCAGGGCUUCCACUCAGUGCCAAACACCACAGACAAGGGCUCUCUGGGCCUGUCCCUGAGGCACAAUCACAUCACAGAGCUUGAAAAAGAUCAAUUUGCCAGCUUCAGUCAACUUACCUGGCUUCACUUAGACCACAAUCAAAUUUCAACAGUAAAAGAAGAUGCUUUUCAAGGACUCUAUAAACUUAAGGAGUUAAUCUUAAGUUCCAACAAAAUAUUUUACUUGCCAAACACAACUUUUACCCAACUGAUUAACCUGCAAAAUUUGGACCUGUCUUUUAAUCAACUGUCAUCUCUGCACCCAGAGCUCUUCUAUGGCCUUCGGAAGCUACAGACCUUACAUUUACGGUCCAACUCCUUGCGGACUAUCCCAGUACGCCUGUUCUGGGACUGUCGUAGUCUGGAGUUUCUGGAUUUGAGCACAAACCGCUUGCGAAGUUUGGCUCGUAAUGGAUUUGCGGGAUUAAUCAAACUGAGAGAGCUUCACCUAGAGCACAACCAGCUGACGAAGAUUAAUUUUGCUCAUUUCCUUCGGCUAAGCAGUCUGCACACACUCUUCUUACAAUGGAACAAAAUUAGCAACUUGACAUGUGGGAUGGAGUGGAUUUGGGGCACUUUAGAAAAGCUAGAUCUGACUGGAAAUGAAAUCAAAGCCAUCGAUCUGACAGUGUUUGAAACAAUGCCUAAUCUAAAAAUACUCCUUAUGGAUAACAACAAGUUAAACAGUCUUGAUUCUAAGAUCUUAAACUCCUUGAGAUCCCUCACCACCAUUGGCCUCUCUGGCAAUCUCUGGGAAUGCAGCCCUCGAAUAUGUGGUUUGGCCUCCUGGCUGGGCAGUUUCCAAGGUCGGUGGGAGCAUUCUAUCCUAUGCCACAGCCCUGACCACACCCAAGGAGAGGAUAUUCUUGAUGCAGUCCAUGGAUUUCAGCUCUGCUGGAAUUUAUCAACCACAGUCACUGCCAUGGCUACAACUUACAGAGAUCCAACCACCGAAUACACAAAAAGAAUAAGCUCAUCAAGUUACCAUGUGGGAGACAAAGAAAUCCCAACUACUGCAGGCAUAGCAGUUACUACUGAGGAACACUUUCCUGAACCAGACAAUGCCAUCUUCACUCAGCGGGUAAUUACAGGAACAAUGGCUUUAUUGUUUUCUUUCUUUUUUAUUAUUUUUAUAGUGUUCAUCUCCAGGAAGUGCUGCCCUCCCACUUUAAGAAGAAUUAGGCAGUGCUCAAUGAUUCAGAACCACAGGCAGCUCCGAUCCCAAACACGACUCCAUAUGUCAAACAUGUCAGAUCAAGGACCAUAUAAUGAGUAUGAACCCACCCAUGAAGGACCCUUCAUCAUCAUUAAUGGUUAUGGACAGUGCAAGUGUCAGCAGCUGCCAUACAAAGAAUGUGAAGUAUAGUGUGAACCUGUCAUCAAAAAUCACAUCAGAUAAGUAAUCUAUUUUACAUAGUAGGGACUAAAUACAUAUCUAAUUUUUAUCAAUGGUGACAUUAAGCCUAAUUUUCCAAGCCAACUGAAGACUUAAGUUUUUUGAAGUACUGAAGUAUUUUUAAUUUUUUAAAUGAAUCAUAUUUUAAGUGUUAAAUGAAACAAUGCUCACUCAUUUAUUUGCACUCUUGUUGGAAAGUCUGAAAUGCUUACUUCAAAAUAAGACAUUUCAUGUAUGUAAUUAUAUAUACUAUUAUGUGUAAACAUUUACACUAAGAUCUCCAUACGUUAUUUUUUUUUUCCUACUAAAAACAGUUUGGAAAGAAGCUACUGCGCAAAAAAAAAAAAAAAAAAGAUACAGAUCAAUACCUGUCUGAUUAUUGCUCUCUACCCCAAGAACCACAACUGGCCUGCUGAUUGAAAAGAUACUUAGCAAAGGUUUCAUGUAUAAUUUGGCAUUGAUGCAAGUCUACAAUUUACUGCCAGUGUGGGAAGUAGGAUUUCAUGUAUGAUUAAGAUUGGUAAAUAUUAAACAUUUUUCUUCCAGAUUUUUUUUGCCUGGGUUGGUAGAUGUUAUCAAAGUCUACACCAUGAAAUCAAGAACCCUUUAUGUAAUUCUAAUAAGCUGAGUGACUGAUGUAUUUAAAUAAUGAAUCCAAGUGACUGUGAAAAGGUCUCAUUACAAUUAAAUCAAUACUAAAUACUUAACACUGACUUCAAAUCACACAUCUUAAGUUUGCCUUAUAAUGGACAUGUUGAGUUUUACAGCAUUUAGACAAUUUAAACUAGCUUUAAAUUACCAUUUUACUAAUUAGCUUACUAAACCCUUUAUUUGCAUUUAUAUGUGAACAAAUUAUUUUGGAGAGAAAAGAGUUAAAUUCAGUCAACUUAAUAAUUCUAUGACUGACUCAUCUAGUUUGAAAGCACACAAACAGCCUUAUCAGUUUCUCUCUCAACUGUCAUGAUCAAAGAUGCCUUGACAAAAGGGGUUAAAACCUCUUUUGCCUUUUCCUGAUCCUCAAACCUCAAAGAGCCAAAUUAAAAAUAAUUGGCUAGCAACAGGCAGAACACCAAUUCUUCUUAGACUAAAUUGUAAAAGGAGCCGUGAACAAUCACUCUUUAAACAUUAUAUGCUAAAAUUUCAUCUUUUAAUAGUGAUAUAUACACUAUUAAGAACAGUUCCUUCUAAGUAAAGGAAGUAACAUAUUACUGAGUCAAAUCUUCUCAUGGCAGAACACUCUACAUGCCUAUGCAGCCGCACAGUGGUAACUUGAAGGUGGUGCCGAGAUAGGGGAUGGAAGGAAAAGGCAGCAUUUUAAAAUCUAGCUGGCAAAUACAGCUGAGCUAAAGUUUAAAUGCAAUCAUGACUGAGAUAAACUGGUAACUACACAUAAUCUGCACCAAAUGGGCAAGGCCCUGGGACCUGCAACUAGCCAGGGAAAAUAUGGAGAGGUUCUCUAGGGUUAAAUUGAUGUUCCAUUAUUAACAAAUGUUAAUAAUGCCAUAUUUUUCACUCAGAAAAGUGCCACAGUAUCUCUUUUCUUAAACUAUAAUCUCCAUAUUUGGUAUUUCGAUGCAAGCUACCAAUUCAGACAGAAUUUUUCUAUAAGCAAGGUUCCAUGCAUGUAGUCUGGUAAACUGGGAAAUUUGACUUGAUUUUAGAAAAAAAUGAACAUUUUAGAACUGACAUUUAGUAUAUGUGGAAAAGAUACACAUACUUGGGGAAGCCUCCUCCCUCCCCAUUUAUUUUUUCCUUACCAUGACAUGGUCAUUAAUACAAAAUUCUUUAGUCAAUGAAUACUUGUACCCUAAGGGUUAAAGUAACAUGCUGAGAUGUCAAUUUAACCAAUGAGUUUUAAUCCAAUGUUUUUUUCUACUUUACUAAGACAGGGGUAUCUACCUACAUCUCAAAGAAAAUGUUUCUCAGUAAAAAGUAAAAUAACAAAUUAAGCUUAAAAAAAAAAAAUCUCUGCAUUUUUAACAUUUUAACAUGGGAGAUGAGUUUGACAAAUUAUCUCAGCUUGGUCAAGCUCAGAUAAUUGUUAGCAGAGAGCAUUGCACUGUUAAACUAGGCCUUGGGCCUGCCCGGACAGGGACAGAAGCUGAUUUUACAACAUAAAUCUCACUACUUGCAAUAGAAGGACUGAAUCAGCAGUCCUCAUUACAAAUAGGAGCUCCACAAGCUAAAACUGACCGACCCAUAUAUUACAGUAAAUGUGGACAUGUGUCAGAGAACAGCUUUGUCAUAAUACAACUAUGUCCUGGACAUAUCACCCUUAAAGGACAGAAGUAUUUUUCAUUAUUAUAAUCAUAACAAAAAUUAAUUCAAACUAUGAGUAGAGGGUGAGAAAUACAAUGUGGAAAAUAACAUUACCCCUUAAAGUACUUAGCAAAAUGAAUCAGACUGGCAAAAUCCAAUGUAUAUAUAAAAGUAAACUGGAUGAUUAAUUUAGUAAUUCAAGGGAACAGGAUAUGCAGGGCCACCAGGCAUACUCUGCAGCUAAAAAAUAACUGAUGGAAAAAUGUUGCCUUUCAUUUUCUUAGUAAUACUUGCUGAGAAAAGUGAAAUUAACAGUGCUAAAUAACAUUUUUUAUUUUUAAUUCAUGAGCAAACUUAUCUUUUCAAUUACCUAUAAAAGGCAAGACAUUCCAUUUAAUUUUGUAUUUUGUUAUCUGCACAGGUCUGAAGAUGAGAUUGUAAGUCAUAUGUACAGUAUUUACCAACUGACUAGAGUAGAGCAGCAUCACAGAUACACUGCAGAUUCUGAUAACAGGGCUUUUGUUUUUCAGUGUACAGUAUAGUUUUGUAUUUUUCAACCUCUCCCGCUGCACAUGUGCGUGCACAUACACAUGCUCUUUUUAAUAUUAGUUUUCAAGGUUAGAGGAAAACUGAUCACUUAAUCAAGAACCAAAAAAAUCUCCCUGGGAAAAUAGAAGUUAAAGAAGGCUGUGAUGCCACCUAGUAUCUAAGAGUUUGGAAUAAUUUAUAAACCAUUUCUGUAGCUCAUAAGGGAAUUCAGUCACCUUUCUGAAAUGAGUGGGUUGAUAAAAUUUACAAAUCCACACACAACCCGAAGAAUGCCCACUGCCUACAUCAAGUAGCCAAAUAAUACUAAUUUUUAGGGCAAAAAAUCUGCACUAACACAUGUUAUUUCUUAAUGUGCCUAUGUUAAUUUCUGUACCAAUUCAAUGAGUGGAAUUCACUGAACUUCCUAAUUCCACUAAUUAUCAAAAUCCAUCUGCUUAUUCUAAUGCCAGCCACCAAGUAUUAGAUUUGAAUCUUAAAAUUCAGAGCAAGCAUACCUUUUUUAAUGAGGCAUACUUCCUAUACACAAUUAUUGGGGGUGGGCCUACAAAUGCCCUGUCCUCUUCAAAGUAUGCAUAUUAAUAUGAAAUUUUAAAAGAAUAUUUUUAGAAACUGACUUGUGAUCAUUUUCUUAAUAGAGUAAUACAGUAACAGACCUAUCUCAAAAGUCUGUGUGGGAACAUGCUUUUCAUUAUCUUACUGGUUUAAAUGCUUCAACCAUCAAAGAGAAAGAUAAAAUUACUCAUAGAAAAUUAAGUUUUUCUUCCUAACCUAGGGCAAACUUGCACUACUUAAGUAUUUUAAGGCCAAAAACAAAUAGAAAAUGACUGUUUCAGCUUUCAUACUGCUAUUGCAAACAUUUGGAAACAUCUGCUAUUCCUUCAACUAACCUAUUUUUUCUUAGUAAUUUUUUUAAAAAGUCAGAUCUAUGGAAUGUAUAGUGAACCUUCCUAUCAAUACUAUGACUGGAAACUAAAGUACACUGCAAACACAUUGUGUUCAAUCACCUUAAGAGCCAUUUUUGGUUUUUUGGUGGGAGAUGGGCAAGUGGGUUGGGGGGUGGGAACAAAAUACUAUUAUAUCAAGGGGCUGGGGUGGGGGUGGGGUGAUAACAAAAGUAUGGUGUACAGGAAAGUUUUGUUAUUAAAACUGAGUAUAAUAUAAAAAUGAAUGUCUUUUUUUUUUUUAGCUUUUCCUUGGUAACCUAUCAAUUUCGACAUAUGAAACUUGAAAAAAUUUGAGGCAGAUACAGAA